CCGUCCCCGGAUGUGAGCUCCGGCUGCCCGCGGUCGCGAGCCAGCGGCGGCGCGGGCGGCGGCGGCGGCGGGCACCGGGCACCGGGCACCGCGGCGGGCGAGCGGGCGGGCAUGGGGGGCGCGCCGAGCGGCCCCGGCGGCCGGGCCGGCAUCCUCGCGGCGUCCCUCCGCUAGAGGGGGGGACCAAGCCAAUUCUCCUUUGCAGCAAAAAAUUACAUGUAUAUAUUAUCAAGAUAAUAUAUACAUCCGAUCUUAUUUUUUAAAAAAAGUUUAUUUUGCUCCGAUUUUGAAAAAGAGGGAGCGUGGGUGGCCAGCGGUUUUUAUAAAUUAUUCUUAUUUUCUGUUAUCUGUCCCCGUCCCUCCCCACCCCCUGCUGAAGCUUGAAUAAGGGCAGGGAUCGCGGCUCCUACCUAUCGGUCACCCCCUUGCCCGUUCCUCCCCCGCCCCAUCGCCUAGCACAGUGCCCUGCACACAGUAGGCGCUCAAUAAAUGUUCGUGGAUGAUGAUGAUGAUGAUGAUGAAAAAAAUGCAGCAUCAACGGCAGCAGCAAGCGGACCACGCGAACGAGGCAAACUAUGCAAGAGGCACCAGGCUCCCUCUUUCUGGUGAAGGACCAACUUCUCAGCCGAAUAGCUCCAAGCAAACCGUCCUGUCUUGGCAAGCCGCGAUCGACGCUGCUAGACAGGCCAAGGCUGCCCAAACUAUGAGCACCUCUGCACCCGCACCUGUAGGAUCUCUCUCCCAAAGAAAACGUCAGCAAUACGCCAAGAGCAAAAAACAGGGUAACUCGUCCAGCAGCCGACCUGCCCGCGCCCUUUUCUGUUUGUCACUCAAUAACCCCAUCCGAAGAGCCUGCAUUAGUAUAGUGGAAUGGAAACCAUUUGACAUAUUUAUAUUAUUGGCUAUUUUUGCCAAUUGUGUGGCCUUAGCUAUUUACAUCCCAUUCCCUGAAGAUGAUUCUAAUUCAACAAAUCAUAACUUGGAAAAAGUAGAAUAUGCCUUCCUGAUUAUUUUUACAGUCGAAACAUUUUUGAAGAUUAUAGCGUAUGGAUUAUUGCUACAUCCUAAUGCUUAUGUAAGAAAUGGAUGGAAUUUACUGGAUUUUGUUAUAGUAAUAGUAGGAUUGUUUAGUGUAAUUUUGGAACAAUUAACCAAAGAAACAGAAGGCGGCAACCACUCCAGUGGCAAAUCGGGAGGCUUUGAUGUCAAAGCCCUCCGCGCCUUUCGAGUGUUACGACCACUUCGACUAGUAUCAGGAGUGCCCAGUUUACAAGUUGUCCUGAACUCCAUCAUAAAAGCCAUGGUUCCCCUCCUUCACAUAGCCCUUUUGGUGUUAUUUGUAAUCAUAAUCUAUGCUAUUAUAGGAUUGGAACUUUUUAUUGGAAAAAUGCACAAAACAUGUUUUUUUGCUGACUCAGAUAUCGUAGCUGAGGAGGACCCAGCACCGUGUGCGUUCUCAGGGAAUGGACGCCAGUGUACCGCCAAUGGCACAGAGUGCAGGAGUGGCUGGGUUGGCCCCAAUGGCGGCAUCAGCAACUUUGAUAACUUUGCCUUUGCCAUGCUCACCGUGUUUCAGUGCAUCACCAUGGAGGGCUGGACAGACGUGCUCUACUGGGUAAAUGAUGCGAUAGGAUGGGAAUGGCCAUGGGUGUAUUUUGUUAGUCUCAUCAUCCUUGGCUCAUUUUUCGUCCUUAACCUGGUUCUUGGUGUCCUUAGUGGAGAAUUCUCAAAGGAAAGGGAGAAGGCGAAAGCACGGGGAGACUUCCAGAAGCUGCGGGAGAAGCAGCAGCUGGAAGAGGAUCUCAAGGGCUACUUGGAUUGGAUCACCCAAGCAGAAGAUAUUGAUCCCGAGAACGAAGAAGAAGGAGGAGAGGAAAGCAAACGAAAUACCAGCAUGCCCACCAGUGAGACGGAGUCUGUGAACACGGAGAACGUGAGUGGGGAAGGCGAGAACCAAGGCUGCUGUGGGAGCCUCUGGUGCUGGUGGAGAAGAAGAGGCACCACCAAGGCCGGGCCCUCUGGGUGUCGGCGGUGGGGUCAAGCCAUCUCAAAGUCCAAGCUCAGCCGACGCUGGCGCCGCUGGAACCGCUUCAGUCGCAGAAGGUGUAGGGCUGCCGUGAAGUCUGUCACGUUUUACUGGCUGGUUAUUGUCCUGGUGUUUCUCAACACCUUAACCAUUUCCUCUGAGCACUACAACCAGCCUGACUGGCUGACACAGAUUCAAGAUAUCGCUAACAAAGUCCUCUUGGCUCUGUUCACCUGUGAGAUGCUUGUAAAGAUGUACAGCUUGGGUCUCCAGGCAUAUUUCGUCUCUCUUUUCAAUCGGUUUGAUUGCUUCGUGGUGUGUGGAGGAAUUACGGAAACGAUCUUGGUGGAACUGGAAAUCAUGUCUCCUCUGGGCAUCUCUGUGUUUCGCUGUGUGCGGCUCCUGAGAAUUUUCAAAGUGACCAGGCACUGGACCUCCCUGAGCAACUUGGUGGCAUCCUUGUUAAACUCCAUGAAGUCCAUCGCUUCGCUGCUGCUUCUGCUUUUUCUCUUCAUCAUCAUCUUUUCCUUGCUGGGGAUGCAGCUGUUCGGCGGCAAGUUUAAUUUUGACGAGACCCAAACCAAGCGGAGCACCUUCGAUAAUUUCCCUCAAGCGCUUCUAACGGUGUUCCAGAUUCUGACAGGUGAAGACUGGAACGCUGUGAUGUAUGAUGGCAUUAUGGCAUACGGGGGCCCGUCGUCUUCGGGAAUGAUCGUCUGCAUCUACUUCAUCAUCCUCUUCAUUUGUGGUAACUAUAUUCUACUGAAUGUCUUCUUGGCCAUCGCUGUAGACAACUUGGCAGAUGCUGAAAGUUUGAAUACUGCUCAGAAAGAGGAAGCUGAGGAAAAGGAAAGGAAGAAGAUUGCCAGAAAAGAAAGCCUGGAAAAUAAAAAGAACAACAAACCAGAAAUCAACCAGAUAGCCAACAGUGACAACAAGGUCACCAUCGAUGACUACCGAGAAGAGGAUGAGGACAAAGACCCCUACCCACCUUGUGAUGUGCCAGUAGGUGAAGAGGAAGAGGAGGAGGAAGAGGAUGAACCCGAGGUUCCUGCUGGCCCCCGUCCUCGAAGAAUGUCUGAGUUGAACAUGAAAGAGAAAAUCACCCCCAUCCCCGAAGGGAGCGCUUUCUUCAUUCUUAGCAAGACCAACCCGAUCCGCGUGGGCUGCCACAAGCUCAUCAACCACCACAUCUUCACCAACCUUAUCCUCGUCUUCAUCAUGCUGAGCAGCGCUGCCCUCGCCGCCGAGGACCCCAUCCGCAGCCACUCCUUCCGGAACACUAUACUGGGUUACUUUGACUAUGCUUUCACAGCCAUCUUUACUGUUGAAAUCCUGUUGAAGAUGACGACUUUCGGAGCUUUCCUCCACAAAGGGGCUUUCUGCAGGAACUACUUCAACUUACUGGAUAUGCUGGUCGUUGGGGUGUCUCUGGUGUCAUUUGGGAUCCAAUCCAGUGCCAUCUCAGUCGUGAAGAUCCUGAGAGUCUUAAGGGUUCUGAGACCGCUCAGGGCAAUCAACAGAGCAAAAGGACUUAAGCACGUGGUCCAGUGCGUCUUUGUGGCCAUCCGGACAAUUGGCAACAUCAUGAUCGUCACCACCCUCCUCCAGUUCAUGUUUGCUUGCAUUGGGGUGCAGCUCUUCAAGGGAAAGUUUUAUCGAUGCACAGAUGAAGCCAAAAGUAACCCCGAAGAAUGCAGGGGGCUCUUCAUCCUCUACAAGGAUGGGGAUGUCGAUAACCCUGUGGUCCGUGAGAGGAUCUGGCAAAACAGCGACUUCAACUUUGACAACGUCCUCUCAGCUAUGAUGGCUCUGUUCACGGUCUCCACGUUCGAGGGCUGGCCCGCGUUGCUGUACAAGGCCAUCGACUCGAACGGAGAGAACGUCGGCCCCAUCUACAACUACCGUGUGGAGAUCUCCAUCUUCUUCAUCAUCUACAUCAUCAUCGUAGCGUUCUUCAUGAUGAACAUCUUUGUGGGCUUCGUCAUCGUCACAUUUCAGGAGCAGGGGGAGAAAGAGUAUAAGAACUGUGAGCUGGACAAAAAUCAGCGUCAGUGUGUUGAAUACGCCUUGAAAGCACGUCCCUUGCGAAGAUACAUCCCCAAAAACCCCUACCAGUACAAGUUCUGGUACGUGGUGAACUCCUCGCCUUUCGAGUACAUGAUGUUUGUCCUCAUCAUGCUCAACACACUCUGCUUGGCCAUGCAGCACUACGAGCAGUCCAAGAUGUUUAAUGACGCCAUGGACAUCCUGAACAUGGUGUUCACCGGGGUGUUCACUGUCGAGAUGGUUUUGAAAGUCAUUGCAUUUAAACCUAAGCACUAUUUCACUGAUGCAUGGAACACUUUUGAUGCCUUAAUUGUUGUUGGUAGCGUCGUUGAUAUUGCUAUAACUGAAGUGAAUCCAACUGAAAGUGAAAAUGUCCCUGUCCCAACUGCUACACCUGGGAACUCUGAAGAGAGCAAUAGAAUCUCCAUCACCUUUUUCCGUCUUUUCCGAGUGAUGCGAUUGGUGAAGCUUCUCAGCAGGGGGGAAGGCAUCCGGACACUGCUGUGGACUUUUAUUAAGUCCUUCCAGGCGCUCCCGUAUGUCGCCCUUCUCAUCGCCAUGCUGUUCUUCAUCUACGCGGUUAUCGGCAUGCAGAUGUUUGGGAAAGUUGCCAUGAGAGAUAACAACCAGAUCAACAGGAACAACAAUUUCCAGACCUUUCCCCAGGCCGUACUGCUGCUCUUCAGGUGUGCGACGGGGGAGGCCUGGCAGGAAAUCAUGCUGGCCUGCCUCCCGGGAAAGCUCUGUGACCCCGAGUCCGAUUACAACCCCGGGGAGGAGUACACCUGCGGGAGCAACUUUGCCAUUGUUUAUUUCAUCAGUUUUUACAUGCUCUGCGCAUUUCUGAUCAUCAACCUGUUUGUGGCUGUCAUCAUGGACAAUUUCGAUUAUCUGACCCGGGACUGGUCUAUUCUGGGGCCUCACCAUUUAGACGAAUUCAAAAGAAUAUGGUCCGAAUAUGACCCCGAGGCAAAGGGAAGAAUCAAGCACCUGGACGUGGUCACUCUGCUCCGCCGCAUCCAGCCCCCCCUGGGGUUUGGGAAAUUGUGUCCACACAGGGUAGCCUGCAAGAGACUAGUUGCCAUGAACAUGCCGCUCAACAGUGACGGGACAGUCAUGUUUAAUGCAACUCUGUUUGCUUUGGUCCGAACGGCUCUUAAAAUCAAGACGGAAGGGAACCUAGAACAAGCUAAUGAAGAACUCCGAGCUGUGAUCAAGAAAAUCUGGAAGAAAACCAGCAUGAAACUGCUUGACCAAGUUGUCCCUCCAGCUGGUGAUGAUGAGGUAACCGUGGGGAAGUUCUAUGCCACUUUCCUGAUACAGGACUACUUUAGGAAAUUCAAGAAACGGAAAGAACAAGGACUGGUGGGAAAAUACCCCGCGAAGAGCAGCACAAUUGCCCUACAGAUGCUUGAACGGAUGCUUUAGAAUUUUCUGCCUGAGCUACAGCACCACGCUCGUUAGUCGGAAGGCGUUUGUGGCUAAGGCCUUGAAAGGGAAAAGCCUCAAGUGGGCUUAUUUCUACUGAAACAGCAUUUCGGGAGAAAUGCAGGAAAAAGCAAACCCAAGGCCCCAGAGAGACCCCUUCCAAGCAAAGCACUCCUCCGGAAGGUGGAAGCAGGGCCGUGGCUCAACUGCGGAGCCGUGGUCUCCUGUCACGGACGCUGCUCGGUGGCUCCUUUUCAUGAAAGGGAAUGAGCAAGGCUUAACAGUUUUCCCUUCCAAGCAGAGACUCAGAGAAAGGGAAAGAGUGAGAGAGAGCAAAGGAGGGGGGCAGCCGCCCCACAGAGAAAUGAAAUGAACACAACUUCCUGAUGCUGGCCAGUAAAAAAAAAAAAAAAAAAAAAAUUCAUAAAAAGAUUAAGCAGACCUGCGUAAGGUGGGCAGCUGACUCCGUUCCAAAGUCCUGCAUCCCUAGUUUACCUGAACUACCAAAGACUGGCAGGCCCCUUGGCACUGGGCUGACAAAAUUCCUUUUAUAUAUGCCAGUCCAUCAUGACCUCCUGACCAUCCAGCUCCACUCUCUGCAGUGACCAGUGCAGGAUGAAGGCAGAUGUGGACAGGACAGGAAGCUCAGACACCCCCAUUUAAACUAACACAUACACCUGCAUGCCCAAACCAACCCAGGCGACACCUCAGGUUCCAUCUUAACGCGUCCGCGGGAAAUACCACCACACCCAAACCUCAUCCGACAUUGUCCGUCUUUAAUUCAAAGCCAGUCUGGGGAUGCCUCUUUGGAAGCAGUGUGGUCCAGUUUCAAGGACACUGGGAGUCAGGGAACCUGGGUUCUAGUCCCAGUUCCAGCGUUCACUUGCUGUGUGACCUUGGGCAAGACACUUAACCUCUCUGUGCCUCAGUUUCCCCAUCUGUAAAAUGGGGGUAAUAAUGUCGACCUACCUCACAGGGCUGUUGUGAGGAAUAGCUAAGUGAUUGUAAAGCACUUUGAACGUAUACUUGCUUAUUAUUAAGACUACAACAAUAAUAAUAUCAUAUGCCUGUUUACUACCAGAACUUUAAGAAAUUCUUGUUUUUCUUUGACCUCUUCUCUGUCCUGUAGUGAUCCAUCGAGAAAGAGAACUCUCCCCUUUUUGAGAUUUCUAGGAAAUGCAUAAAGAUGUAAACAGCAGGAACUCUUCAGGUUGUUUUCUCACAUCUUACAAAAAGUAGAUGCUUUUGCACAAGAAGUUGCUUCGAGGGGCGGGGGGAGGUCCCCUCUGAAAUUCUCAGCUGUUUCCAGGCAGUAGUUGAGGAGUCAGUACACCUGAUGCUGAGCCCAAGAUACCCAGAGGUUUAGUGCAAAGUUGAGUGCAAAACCUUGAAGUUCCUGAAAUGUCUAGAGAAGAGAAGGGUUACAAGCCCUGGUCUGUGCAGACUGGAGGCUGCGUGCAUGUGUGCGUGUGUGCAGGGCGUGGAGAGGCCCAGGAUGUGGGGAAGCCCAGCUCCUGGCUGUUCUCAUCCUCAGCCAGGCAGGGUGGGGGAGCCGUGUAGCCAGUGGGAAGAGUGGUGCUAGCAGAAGUCCCCCAGGCCCAUCCUAUGCAUGACUGAGAGGGUCCCUCCCAGCCUGGAGGUCUGCUCCAGUGAUGUCUUCUGUGCUGUGACCUUUGUUCCACUUGGGAAACAGGCCUGGCCCCCAAUUUGGUUCCUGUGUGUGCAGACUGUCUUAAGUCUAGGAGCUCGUGGUGGGUUUUCUGCAUUCUCACAGCAGAGUCCGUGGGGCCAGAGAACAGGGUUGACCUCUUCACACAGCACCAUGGGUGGUGACGUGGGCAUGGGGGCGACCCCUGUGAAAAUGUCGAAGCACAGCUGUACCUGCUAGUUGACAGCUGUGGCCCCCAGCACCUUGAGUCUCCUCACCCCCUGCUAACAUCCCAGCCCUGCACCAAACCCCUCUGUGAUUCAGUAACUAAAGGGCGAAUGCCUGGUGUAGCAGGGACCUCUGGGAGCCUAUUCUGGUCUGAAGGCCCACCUCUGCUCUGACUGGGUAGUGCCCGGGAUAAACCAGUUAUUAAGUAUGUGGUGUAUCAUCCCUGAAAAAGAAGCUGGUCAGCUCUGUGGGCACAGGUAAGGAGUUUAUCCACCAUCACAAACGAUCCCCCUGUCCCUGACCGACUCUGAUGUCGUUUAUUAAAUACUAAAGGGAGUGUUUGUGCUCGCCCCCGCCCCCUGUCUGUGUCACCCCCAUCUCAGAGGCCCACAGUGGCCAUCUGUCUUCUAGAUCUAAGUCUCUAUACACCAGAGCCUCAGCAGAGCAGCUCUAAGCAAUCCACGUGGCUGGUGUCUCCACAUGCCUUUCUGCACAGUCCUUCCACAUACGUAGAAACUGGAAAGCAGUAACUUUCUAGGUGGGAUUUACGGAACGGUCUAAAUGGAACGUGAGAAUCUUGCCCCACGUGGGCCUGGCUGUGUGCUGAGUGACGGCCCUGGUGGUGGCUGGUGGCUGAGAUCAGUUGGUGAAGGACAGCCAGAAGUUGUCGGGGCCACCUCCCGCCUCGCUCGAAAGGGAAACGAGGCUUCCCUGGAACCUGGUUCACAGUCAAACUGCAGAUACCUCUGUCCUUUUCCCUAAGACCUUAAAAGAAGAGUAUAGCUUUAAACGUAGAAAAGUUGUAAGAGACAAGUCAUGUUUAAUAGGUCAGAUUGACAGACUCAGCAAACUCGGUGCCCAACACCAGAAUCCAUGGUGCUAAACUCUGAAGCUCCUGGAUGGAAGACACAAUGCAGCCCAGGAUCCAUCGCAGGGACACAGAUGUAGGAUCGGGCCUCAGGAUCUUCUUCAAUAGCUUACUCUAUGGUGUGACCUAAUUAAAAAUUCGGUUGAUCCACAGGAUUAUUGGGUACUGGAUUCUCUCCUCUUAAAGGCAGGAGAUCGCUCCUCUCUAAGAAUAGUAAUUAUUAUUUUCAAAAGUCUCUGAGACGAUAGAAUUACUGAAAGUAAGGGAAGUUACAUGAUGUCAUCGCAAAAGGUCUUAAUUACUGUGGCAUGCUAUUGACUAACACCCACCUAGGAGCCCUCUUUAGCCCAAACGUAUCACGAUUUGGUUAUCCACUGGCAGGAGCUUGCGAACACUCGUGGUUCCUUGGCUGGGUAGGUACCUGCACGAAUUAGUUCUCCCUGGCACACCGUAGCCCUGAGAGAGGUGGCUAUUGGGGGUAAUGGGAGGGCACAUCGUUCUAAGGCACAGUGAAGGCAACCCAUGCCAAAGGCUAACUCAGAGAAGCCACGAGAAGGAUGUUUCUUCCCAAAGUAGAGAAAGGUCGGGGGAGAUCACAGGAAUCCUGGAUGGGGGAAUAGCCCAGCUCCAGGAAAAGAUGGUGUUGCCUGUCUGAGGGCAGGUUAUCAUCAAGUUCUACAACUUUUUGGUCUCAGGAACCUUUUAUGCUCUUAAGAAUUAUCGAGGACCCUUAUGUAUCAAUAUUUACUACAUUAGGAAUUAAAGCAGAGAUUUUUAAAACGCAGAAUAUGCAAGCACAAAGUUGCCGGAGAGAUGAGAUCCCCAAGGUUUAUGCAGCCUUUGAAAAACCCCACUGUGCUCUCAGGAGAGGAUGAGAGCGUACAAGGCCGAGAGCAUCCUUGUCUUAUUAUGCAAAACACAAUGACCUCUUGGACCCUUUAAGGUGUCUCAGAGGGCCCCAGGGUCCUUGGGCCACACUUUGAGAACUGCUGCUCUGGGGGAUUGAUCCCAUAUCCCCCCCUAAAGGAAAAGGGUGCUGGAGCCUUUUUCCAAUCUCCUGCCCCUACCUUGAACUGUCCCCUAACUCCCAGGCCCGUCCCCAAUCCCAGCCCACUCACCUAUACAUGGAGCUGCCUGGGCCCCCAGCGUCCAGCCCGCGUUCAGGCUGAGAGUUGUACCGCACAUGCCAUGUCUCACUGCCUGUGCUGAUCUGGAGGAGUGGUGGUGUGAAUUCGUGUGUGAGAGAGAAGUGUCUGUAAGGAUCUCAGCUCCUGAGAGUGGCACGGCGGAGACAAGGAUAUGCGCUGAGUGUAGGACCAGUUUUUGCGAUACCUGGUGAUUUCUGUCAUUGCCGUGAUACAAGAGUGCUGCUGAGUUAGUUGUAAGAAGUUUCACCUUGAUUGAGUGGCAGCCACAGUCAUGUGGGGUUGCAGUCAUGAGUGAGCGCAUGGUGGGAACUGGAUCCUGGCACUCUUCCCCGUAGACCCCAAAAGGUGGGGCGGCAUGGUGUCAUUGGAACAGCAGAACUGCGCGUCGUGAUCCCUAGCUGAGCCAUCACUCGUGUGGGCAGGUCACUUAACCAAAUGGGAAUCAUCUUGGCUCUCCCCUCCCCGGCCCGCCCUCCCAAGAUGUAGUGGGAUAAAGUAUGUUACAUUGCAGUGACAAAGAUGCUAGCAGAAUAGGUCUCGAUUUGUGACUUCUGCUAAGCCCACAUUUUAAGUAAAACUCUCUCUGUUAUCAGGAAACUGGCAAGCAUUUCUCCAAUGCUGGUGUUAAAACUACAACCAAGAAUUAAGGUGGAACUAAAACAGUUGGCUUUGUCAGAUCAGAAGAAAUGUCACAGAUUGCUUUAGAUAAUUUUUUUUAAGUCGCAGGGAAAUGUCAUAGAUCACUUUAGGUAAUUUUUUUAAACUUCCCUUUAUCUUUCAAAAGGAAGGUAACAAACUCCAUGUACACAGCGGAGUGCCACCCCCAGGGUAACUUACGUGGUGAUGUUACAGCUGACUUUGCAGGGAGGGUGGGAAUCACUGUGCGUGACUCACGGGGGGCGUGCCUUCCUCGUAAUUCUAGCUCUUUAUGUUUAUAUAUAACUCGAGGACUGUUCAUAACGGACGCAGAGGCCACACCAUCACAUCUUCCCUGGUGGAGAGCAAUGACAAAAGAAGGGGUGUGCCUGUGUGUGAUGUGUGUGCAUGUGGGGAUGCAGGGGAGGUGGAAUGGCUUAUAGAUAAACAGGUGUAUGCUGUGAGAAUUUAAUCUCCAGUUCUUUGUGCCGAGGGAGCUAGUCUAAAAUGAUCCCUUCUAAUUGGGUAGGGGCAGAAGCCUGCUAAAGGGUUAACCAGAACUCGCCUUUAACGAGAGGACCGAGCAGGGCCGGCCUUGGCUGCGGGAGACCUGCCUGUGAUAGAGACCCGGCUCUGCUCUUUGGCUGGAGCCUGAAAGCCUGGCACUCAUACCCGAAGAUGGAUGGCCUGGCCCAGUCCCGACUGGAGACUCACAUCUCUUAUCUGCACUGUUACAGUGUAGGUUCAGGAGGGGUUCCGGGGCGUUUCUACGUGCUGAGAGCUGGCAGACGACCGGUGUGAGUGAUGGCGCUAGCUUAGGGAGACAGGCAGUGAAAGCAUUUCAGAUGCACCAGGUAGGAAAAACUUAACCCUGAAAGUGGGCAAGAGAAAGGAAGGUAAAUGAAUGUUCCUACUUGAGGUUAAAAUAUCAUACAUUUAUGCUAUUGCUUCAGAAAUAUUUACAGAGAUUUUAUAGUUUGGGGUUUUUUUUUUUUUUUUUUGGUGACUUAAUCAUUCACUAGAGUAAAUAUCUAUAAAAUUCCAAUUAAAUGGUGUCUAAAAUUUAAAGCAGCGGUCUACAGGCAAAGCGCCAACAUUUCUUUUUUUAACAAAAAUAUUUAUGAGAACAUCUAGCAUUUAAAAAUCAACCAGAAACUAGGCUUGAUUCUGUUUAAUAUUUUAUAUGAUUGGACAUCUUAAAACAAAUCGAUAAUGUUUAUAUUUUAUAGAAAUUCUGUGUUUAUUCAAAACCAUAAUUCUACUGUGAUGUUAAUGGAAUGACUUUAUAUGGCUUUAAUUGUGUUGCUUUAAAUGCUAAUGACCACAUUUCAAAUUAAAAUAGUAUUUUGCUGAUAGGGGUAGACACAGAUAUGACAUAUGAAAGAAUAGAUAAUUUUACUGAUUGUAAAGUGUUUAUUUCCAGAAAAAAAUGUUCUUUUUUUUUUUUUUAAGGGCUGUGAAAAAAAGUCAUUUUUUCAAGGGUUUAAGAUAGAUUUCUGCACUUUGGGAAUUGGAACUUGUGCCUAUGGAAUUUUUGGAGCAGCCUAAGCUACCUUUUAGCUUGAUAUGUGUGUGCUAGAAAAUUUUUCAUUACCAUGUUUUGUGAUAUGUAAUAAAUUCAGGGUGCUGUGCUUAAGCUUCGUUUCAAUUCAAGUUUGGGAACAUCUGUUUCCCUCAUUCCCAACCCUGGCAGACA